AUGAAUUUAAACGUAGCGGCUAAUAAAUUCCUCGGAUUUCUACAAUCGAAUUGGGCCUGGAAUCCGUGGUUGCGAUGGAUAUUGCGUGUGUUUGCACUGUCCCAGGCAAUCGCGCCUGCCGGAUGGCCUAUUUCCUACGAUUUGAAAGGUGGCGAUACCUUCGAUUUCAUAAUAGUAGGUGCGGGUUCUGCUGGUGCAGUAGUUGCUGCAAGGCUCAGUGAAAUCUAUAAUUGGCGAGUGCUGCUGAUUGAAGCUGGGGGAGAUCCACCACCUGCGAGUGUGGCACCCAGUUUGUUCAGUUUAUUGGCACGUACGGAGUAUGAUUGGGACUAUAAAGCUUACUUAGAUCCCGGAAUAGGACAAACACAUCCCGAUGGGUACAUUCCUAUGACACGAGGAAAAAUGUUGGGCGGUUGCUCAUCUAACAAUUACGAAGUAUAUUCCCGGGGUGUGGAAGAAGACUUUGAUGAUUGGGCUCAGUCAGCACCCGGAUGGCACUCGGAAUCUGUUCUAUACUACUACAAAAAACUAGAAGGAAUGACAGACAACACAGUAUUUGAGAAUCCUAAAAAUGCACGAUUACAUUCAAGAGAUGGUCCUGUUGCCGUAUCAAGGCCUAAUAGUAAUGCAUACUUUCAAGAAAUAGACGAAAUAGUAUUGAAUUCCUAUGAAGAAAUAGGAGUUAAAAAGGUACUUGAAAACAAUGGACCUGAUAAAUUCGGAAUAUCUCGACCACAUUUUACAUUUGCAAAUGGAAGGCGAUCGAGUACUGCCGAGGCAUAUUUGAAACCAGCAAAAGAUAGAGCGAACUUAUACAUAACUAAGUUCGCUAGAGUUAUUAAGGUACAUAUUGAUUCAACCACAAUGCGGGCUUACGGUGUCCGAGUUAUCCUAAAUUCUGGACAAGUUAUUGAUGUUAAUGCAAGCAAAGAGGUUAUUCUAUCACUUGGAACAAUUGACACACCAAAGCUUUUAAUGUUAUCUGGUGUUGGGCCUAAAGAGGUACUGAAAAAGUUAAAUAUAAAAGUGCUGGCUGAUCUUCCAGUUGGCAAGAACUUGCAGGAUCAUCCAAUUAUGCCUUUGAUUAUAACUGGUCGAAAGGGAUUGAGUACAGCGAUUCAAAACUUGCUUAUAUCAGCGGAAUUGGAUGCCUACCCUGCUCCAAUACAAUCAGGCUUUUUCCAGCUAAACCAUACGUUCACAUCGUAUGACUAUAAAAAUAGAUACAGAACCUUAAAGCCACAAUUCCAAAUAUUUAAUUUACAUAUCGGAGCAACUGCAGCUCCUGGUGUCUUCUAUGGAUGUCAAUCAAUAGCAAAUUACAAUAGAGACUUUUGUUUUUCUAUUAGUAAAGCUAAUACAAUCAGAGAACUAGAUUUUACAUCACUUGUGUUUCUGCAUUCAGUAUCUAGAGGCCAAGUAACAAUAAAAAGUACCAAUGCAUUAGAUCCACCAGUUAUUGAACUUGGAUACUUUAGGAAUCCCAAUGACAUAUACGUGGCAGCAGAAGGUAUAAAGUUCUUAACCAAAAUAGCCAGAACAUCGUUUUAUAGAAGUGUAGGAGGGGAAAUCGUCAAAUUAAAUGUUAAAGGGUGCGAAAAUUUAGAAUGGGGCACCGAUGCGUAUUGGCAAUGUUACGUUGUUAAUACAGUUAGUUCCAUACUGCAUCCUGUAGGAACUUGUCGCAUGGCUCCCGAUGGAGUCGUCAACGAAAGAUUGAAAGUGCAUAAUAUAGAGGGAUUGAGAGUUGUGGAUGCAUCUAUUAUGCCUGAAAUAACAAGCGGUAAUACUAAUGCACCUACAAUGAUGAUUGGGGAAAAGGGAGCAGAUAUGAUUAAAGAGGACCAUGGCAUGUUAAUCACGUGA